AUGGAUGGUCAUCUAAGCAAGAAGUUUAAUCUGAGUAAGUUGAAGGACACAUUAUCUGAGACCAAGAAAAUCUAUAAUGAGGAAGGAAGGGUGGAAUUGGUGCGAAUCAAUACUACCGCGUCAGCUUAUUUGCUACACAUCCUGGGCAAAUAUAUCUUCCCCGACAAUUCCGGAAGCUUGGUCGACGUCAGGUAUAUGCAACUACUUGAUCCCUUAGAUAAGAUUGAUGAGUAUUCUUGGGGUACUGCGGUGGUCUCCUUCUUGAAAAAUGAGUUGACAAAGGCUUCAAGGGAACUCACUGCAAAUUGGAUAUAUGAGCACUUCCCUACUUUAGUGAAUGCCAACUCCCACGUCAAAGUGGAUGAGAAUGUAGCGAUUGAUAAGCCAAGAGGACAAAGAUACAGUUUUAAGGAUGGUCAGGAUAAGGAAACGACGCAACAAAUUAUCAAAAUCCAAAUCGCCAUUGACAAAUUGACUGUGGAUGAGGUAACAUUUGAUCCUUAUCGAGAUGCUCUAAAUCAAGGUUUAAUACAAAGGAGAGACGAUGUUGCAUUAUACUACGAUCCCUUGUUUUUAACCCAUGGAUAUUCAAUGUACGAUCCACAUCGGGUAAUCCGACAAUUGGGUUACAUCCAAGAAGAACCCCAUUUCGAUGCUGAGCCAGACUUUAAAGUGAAGAAGCAUUUGAAGAGCCUUGUGAGGGUGAUGUGUGUUGCGCGAGAUAAAGAGAAGAUCCUUUAUCGAUUGAAGAGCAAAGUAAGCACAUUGACUUUGCUAGAAAUGUUGACAAUGAGGAUGCCUAUGAAUUUUUCAAGAAAGUUGAUGCUGAAGUAA